CCUGGAGCUGCCUGGAACGCAGCGUUGUAGCCAGCCGGGGAGCCGGUACCUUUAGGCCCGCGGCGAUGAAGAUCUGGAGCUCGGAACACGUGUUCGGGUGAGGCCACCUGGACAUGCCUUUGGUUUCACUCAAGCAGUGGAUCUCUGGGGAUGCCCAGAAACUGGUGGCCUUGUCUCUUCUGCAGCCACCCAUGGGACACGGUCAUCAAGGCCGCCAUGCGAAAGUACCCGAACCCCAUGAACCCCUGUGUCGUGGGAGUGGAUGUGCUGGAGCGGAAUGUGGAUGGUCAUGGCCGGCUGCACAGCCACCGGCUCCUCAGCACCGAGUGGGGCCUGCCAGGCUUCUUGAGAGCGAUUAUGGGAACCAGCAGGACUUUGACGUACAUCAAAGAACAUUCUGUUGUGGAUCCAGUAGAAAAGAAAAUGGAACUGUGCUCCACCAAUAUCACACUCACAAACUUGGUGUCUGUGAACGAGAGAUUGGUCUAUACCCCUCACCCGGAGAACCCAGAAAUGACGAAGCUCACACAGGAAGCCAUCAUCACUGUGACUGGGAUCAGCCUUGGCAGUUAUCUGGAAAGCCUAAUGGCCAGCACGAUAUCAUCCAAUGCAAAGAAGGGUCGUGAGGCCUUGGAGUGGGUGAUCAGCCGACUCAAUGUGGAGCUGGAGGGCCUCACCGUACCGGCCUGCACCAGAGCCUGAAACCUGGUACCUGGACAUGCUGCUGAGGUGGCCAAGUCACUGAAGUCAUCAGGUGUUCCCCACCCCUGUUGUGGGGACUUCCCAUCUGUGUUCUGCUCUUGGUUUGUCACAAGGAGCAUCCUGAUUAGUGCAUGUUGCCAGAGGAGUGAAUCACUACAUUUAGUCUGUAGUUUGCUCUUAUUUUUUUGGGGGGUGGGGGGAUGUUCCAUUAGGAAGCCAAUUACAUUAAUUGAUUCACUGAUCCCUUCCCCAGAAGCCACAAUAUUAAAGGGAAAACAGGAACAGCUUUAUCCCUGUAUGUAGCCACCCAACAGCCAAAAAAGUUUCCUGGGUGUUUUGUCCUCACCUCAGGGCAAUAAACUUCUCUGCCAGCAGAGGACACAUUUAUUCCCUUGAUAGUCUCAGGAUGGUGGCUGCUUCAGGCAGGAUCGAGGGCAGAGGAGGUGAAGAUAGCCUAAAAGCAGGGGACACUAGAUUUCAGGCCACCAGCCCAAGGGAUUUUGGGGGAUCAGGCUGGGCCAGUUGGGUCCCCAGAGCACUGCCCUUGCAUUGUGUAGUCUUGGCUGCCACUGCUGCCCUGUCUGUUACCCAGGUUUGCUGUUCUACAGCAUCAUAGGAAGACUCACCACAUUGACCUGAUUUCAUGAUCUUCUCCACAGUGAACCUUAGAUUUAAUUUCAGAGGGUGGAUUUUUAAGACUAUGUCUACACAGUACAUUACAUAAAGCAUCCAUAUUUCAUUUUUAUUUCUGGACGUGCUAUAGAAUGUCUUUAUGUCUGUUCUAAAUAGCCAGGCUAAUUUCUCAGAGAAUAAAUAACAGGAGAAAAUGAGUUUAUUUUGAUGGCACACUACUUGCCCUAAGUUGUUCUAUUUUUGCCCCAAAGCAGAGAAAUAAAUCCUGAAUCAAAAGUC